GGCAGCUCGGCAGUGCAAUAAGCGACGCGCGGAGAGCUUGGACCGCGCUAUGGCUCUGCGCGCCGCAUUGUUUAUUCUCCCCGUGCUUAUAGCCGGUGGAGACGCUGUAUAUAAUAGAGACCGCGAUCGACAACGUGCGGAUCCGAGACUUUUAGACCGAGCUUGCGAACUUAGCUCGUGUUAUCCUGCUACUGGUAAUCUACUUAUCGGGCGAGAGGCUCGCCUCUUUGCCUCUUCCACAUGCGGUAGUUACGAACGCCAACGUUAUUGCAUUGUGUCCCACCUUGAAGAUCGAAAGAAAUGUUUUUGGUGUGAUUCGACGAAUAAUACAAUUAAUAGUCCGUUUUUAAAUCAUCGGAUACAAAAUAUAAUUUAUAAAUAUACCCCUGGAACAUUGAGAAAAUCUUGGUGGCAGUCAGAAAACGGAAAAGAGAAUGUAACUAUUCAACUUGAUAUGGAGGCUGAAUUUCAUCUUACGCAUUUGAUCAUUCAAUUUAAGACUUUUCGUCCGAAGGCUAUGUUAGUGGAACGAUCAUUCGAUUUUGGCAAGACUUGGCGGGUUUAUCAAUAUUUCGCACACAAUUGCGAUGAAGCUUUUCCAUUUGUGCCGAAGCACACCCAGCGUACCUUGACAGAAGUUGUUUGUGAAUCUCGUUAUUCAGGUGUCGCGCCCUCAAGUGAAGGUGAAGUGAUAUUUAGAGUAUUACCUCCGAAUAUUAACGUAACCAAUCCGUAUUCUGAAGAAGUACAAAACUUACUACGCAUGACUAAUUUAAGAAUUAACUUUACGAAGCUUCACACGCUUGGUGACGAUUUACUUGACAAUAGAGCUGAAAUUCAGGAGAAAUAUUAUUACGCUAUAUAUGAGAUGACGGUGCGAGGCUCUUGUUCCUGUUACGGACAUGCAUCAAGAUGUUUACCAAUGCCCGGAGUUGAUUCCAAAAACAAUAUGGUGCACGGACGCUGUGAAUGUACCCAUAAUACACGGGGCCUGAAUUGUGAGUAUUGUGAAGAUUUCUAUAACGACCUACCAUGGCAACCUGCGGUUGGUAAAACUUCUAACGCAUGUAAAAGGUGUACAUGUAACAAUCAUGCCACAGUAUGCCACUUCGAUGCAGCUGUAUACAAUAAAACAGGGAAAAUUAGUGGCGGAGUCUGUGAUAAUUGUCAACACAACACAAUGGGAGUGAAUUGUGAACGUUGUAAGCCUACAUUUUUCAGAGACCCAAGCUUGGAUAUACAAAGCCCUGACAUUUGCAAACCCUGUGAUUGCGACCCAGAUGGAACGACAGAUAAAGAAGUUUUAUGUGAAGAUGAAACUGAUCUAGCUAAUAAUAAAACCGCUGGACGUUGUUUGUGCAAAUCUAAUGUGGAUGGAGCUAGGUGUGACAGAUGUAAAGAUGGAUAUUGGAAGUUUGAUACCCAAAACCCUGAAGGAUGCGAGUCAUGUACUUGUGAUAGGCUAGGAACUGUUAACGAAAGAGGAUGCGAUCCGAUAAGUGGAAAUUGCUUCUGUAAACGGCACGUAACGGGAAGAAAUUGUGAUCAGUGUCUUCCAGAAUUUUAUGGUUUAUCUGAAAGUGAUGACGGUUGUUUAUCAUGCGAUUGUGAUCUUGGUGGUUCUCUCGAUAGAGAUUGUGAUGUUAUAACGGGGCAAUGUAAAUGUCGUCCUAAUGUAACAGGACGUCGGUGCGAUCAACCCAUACAAAACUUUUUUGUUGGGGCUCUUGAUUCUAUUAUAUACGAGGCUGAAUCAAGUCAAUGUGACUCUCAAAUAGAUGAUAACGCUAUACAGAGUCAGCUUUGUCACGUUGUUAUUCGAGAGAAUUAUCCAGAUGGAAGAAAAGAAACAUGGACAGGGCCUGGUUUUAUGAAAAUACCAGAAAGCAGUACCUUAGUAUUUGUAAUUAAUAAUUUAAAGACAAGUAUGAACUACAACGUUUUAAUAAGAUAUGAACCACAGUCACAGUUAAAUUGGGAAGAAGCUACAAUUUUAGUAAAACGACUUUUACCUAUUGAUACAGAAUCGCCCUGUGCUAAUGUACGACCAGAAGAUGAUACCAUAUUUACAAAUCUGCCAGCAAACCGACGCAGUGUUUUAGUUCGACCUUCUGUUUGCCUUGAAAAAAAUAAGGAAACUGAAAUUCGUAUAUACUUAGGUCGACAAGAUGGUCAUAGUACAAAUUGCAGAGCAUCUGUUCUGAUUGAUUCCAUAGUAUUAAUACCUUCAGUGGAUGAUUUACCAUUUUUGGGUAAUGGAAGCUUAAUGCGAGAUGAAUUUGACCGCUACAACUGUGGUGACUCAUAUUAUUACGAUCUUAAUAGAGAUAACAUACCUGAAGUCUGUAAAAAAUAUCAUGCAAGUAUUGGAUUUUAUAUAAGAAAUGGGUCAGAAUCUUGUCAAUGUGACCCAUCAGGAUCAAAAAGUCACCAAUGUGAUCCCUAUACUGGUCAUUGUCAAUGCGUAGAAAAUAUUGUUGGUGCGAGAUGCGAUCGUUGUGCUCCUGGAACAUACGGAUUUAGUAAAUUCGGUUGCAAACGAUGCGACUGUAACAGUAUAGGCUCACUUGAUAAUUUUUGCGAUGCAACCAGUGGCCAAUGUAAAUGUAGAGCUAAUACUUAUGGCAGAGCUUGUGAUUUGUGUCAACCGGGCUAUUUCAAUUUUCCAAACUGUCAACAAUGUGAUUGUAAUGGUCAUGCUAUCGAGUGUGAUGAUAAGACAGGAGCUUGUAAAGAAUGUAGAGAUUCUACUGAAGGGCAUCGAUGUGAAAGAUGUGUUGAAGGUUAUUAUGGUGACCCACGACUUGGUGUAGAUAUACCAUGCAGGCUUUGCCCUUGUCCAGGUGUGAAAGGAGACCCAAAUAAAAGUAGCCACGCAGACCGCUGCGAAUUAGAUCCUGAAACAAAAGACGUAGUGUGUGAUUGUAACGAAGGUUAUGCUGGUCUACUUUGUGACGUUUGCGCUGACAAUUAUUACGGAGAUCCUAUUAAGAACACUUGUGAAAAAUGCGAUUGUAAUGACAACAUAGAUAUAACAAAACCAGGCAAUUGUGACCCAUACACAGGCAAAUGUUUACAAUGUUUACACAAUACAGACGGCGACCAUUGCGAGGUAUGUGAGGAAGGUUUUUAUGGAAAUGCUUUAGAAAAGGCUUGUUAUAAAUGCAAUUGUUCUGUAUUAGGCACAAACUUCACUAUGGGUAAUUGCGAUGGUAUAUCAGGACAAUGUCCAUGUUUCAAUAAUGUUAUAGGUAUAAAUUGUGAUCAAUGUACAGAAAAUCAUUGGCGUAUAGCCUUAGGUUCAGGUUGUGAUCCAUGUGAGUGUGAUCCAAUUGGUUCUCUUUCACCUCAGUGUAAUCCAUACAUUGGUAAAUGUGAUUGUAAACCUGGACAUGGAGGUAGACAAUGUGAUCAAUGUCAAGAAAAUCAUUGGGGUGACCCUAAUGUUGAAUGUUAUGAAUGCGAUUGUGAUUUAUAUGGAUCUGUAUCACAACAGUGUAUGCAAGAUAAUGGAUCAUGUAUUUGUAAACCAGGUAUAGGUGGAUAUAAGUGUGACAUGUGUGCCAGAGGUUAUCUUGGUGAAGCUCCAGAUUGUUACGCUUGUGGAGAAUGUUUCGAUAGUUGGGAUCGCCUAAUAGGAGAAAUGCGUCUACAGACUGAAUACGCUAUUGGAAAUGCAAGUAAAAUAAAAGUUGUUGGUUCUACCGGAGCGUAUACAAGAGAUUUCGAAGAAAUGACUAAAAAAUUAUCUGAUGUUGAAAAUUCACUACAGAGUGCUAAAUUGGGCCAAAGCACAGUUAAAGAAUUAGUAUCAAAUAUAUCCCGACUACAAGACAAGUUAAGUGAAGCAGAGAAAAAAGUAAAAGAAAGCAAUGACAACCUUAAUGCUAUAACUUCAGACAUUAAUCUUGGCAACGUAACUUUAGACGGUUUAAGAUCUAGUAUUGAUAGUUUGAAAACAAAAACUUUUGAGAUAGGUAAUAAUGCAACAAAACUACAAGAAGCUAAUUUAGAGGGUGCCCUUAACUUAACACGCGAGGCAAAAGACAGAGCCGUUAAAGCAGCAGAUGAAGCUGAAAGUGUUCAAACAAUUAUAGCUAAUACGGAUAGGCAAAUUAAAAAUACUGACAGACUUAUAGAAAUGCAGUAUGCCAAUUUCAAUAAUACACAAAAUGAAAAUGAUAAAAAAUUGGACGAGUUACAUCAACAACUAUUAGAAUUAGAAUCACAAAUGCCAAAAAUAAAUGAAAAAAUGUGUGGUCAAGAUAGUGACACUUGCGAUAUUUGUGGAGGUGCCGGAUGUGGAAAAUGUGGUGGAAUUUCUUGUGAUCAAGGAGCUAUAACAAAAGCAGAACAAGCAUUAGAUUUCGCAAAUAAAACAGAACAUAGAAUUAAAGAUCAUGAACUAACUGCUGAAGAUUUAUUCAGGUCUGUAUCUCAAAUUAAACAAGACACUGUAGCUGUAAGGUCCAGAGCAAAAGAUUUAUUUAACAAAGCAAGUGAAUUUAAAUCAUCAGCAGAAAGAGCGACUAAUGAAAGCCAAGAACUUACUUCAGAGUUAAAAGAUUUUUUAUCUAAAACAAAUAAUACACCUGAAGAUGUAAGGCAACUUGCUACCGAAAUAUUAAAUCUAUCAAUUAGCAUUGAACCAAAAGAGAUCACAGAACUAUCACAGCGUAUAAAUUCAACUGUAUCUCAAUUAACUAAUAUUGAAAAUAUAAUCGCUGAAACGAAACCUGAUCUCGACAGAGCCAAAGCUCUAAAACAAAAUGCAACUACAGUCAACAAAGCAGCUAAUCUGACCCUAGAGAUGGCAAAUAAAGUGUUAAACGCCUUGGAUGAAGCACAAGCUGCUCAAGACACAGCUGAAAAUGCAAUAGAUAAAGCAAAUAACGAUAUCGAAGCUGCAAAAAGUGAUUUAAUACCUAUAGCAUUGGAAACAGAACAAGCUCAAAAGAAAGCCAAUGAAACUAUGGACGAAGUUGAUGGCCUUCGUUCUCGGCUAUCUGAUCUACAGAAGAAUAUACUGAAAAUUGAAAGUGAUGCAGAUCAAGUCAAACAAGAAGCUAAUGAUGUCGUUAACAGAGCUGAAGGAGCUGAGCAAAAAGCCAGACAAUUAAGACAAGACUUUAAGCAAACAAAUAUAUCUCUUGCUGAAAGAGCUAGUCAAACUUCAAAUUCAAGAGAACGUGCUCAACUAUUACUUAACAGAGCUACUAAAUUGGCAAGUGACACCCAAAUGCAACUUAAACUUUUAACAAAUAUGGAAGAAUUAUAUAACGAUCACAAUGAGCAAUUAAAUGAUUUAGAAAAAGAAAUAAGCGAACUAAAUACCCAAAUGAAUUACUAUGUAUCAGAGAUUACUAAACGAUCUGACAAAUACAGGUCUUGUACAACGUAAUAGAUUACUACUUAGAUGCACCAUGUGCAUAUAAUUUAAUGUUGCAGUAAUGGAAAAAUCGGUAUAAUAUCAACAUCUGCAUUUAUUAGUUAAUUUGUUUAUGUAACAUAAAAUUCCUAUACUACUUGAGUUAUCAUUAUAAAUAUAUUUUUUUAUUUAACUGUUUAUUUUUAAAUGAAUUUGUAAUGAUCAAAAUGGAACAAAUAUACUCUAUUAUAAUAAAACAUCACAUUUGAUUGAUGCACUAUUAAUGACAUAAUGGUUCAUUUUAUAAUAUUUGUUGUACAAUAAAUUACAAAAUUCAAUAAUUAUGGAAUGUUUAAGUUAAUCAAAAAAAAAUUUUUUUGACCUUUCUAUAUUUUAUUUUAACGAGAUCGUUUUAUGUUUAGCUUUAUAAAUGUUUGUGAUCUAUAAACAAUCGAUAUAUAAAUGUUUGCUACAUUUGUUUCGUCACUAGUAUACUGUAGUAAGACAGUAGUGCCAGUUGAUAUAAUAUUCUUAUAAUAUAUAAGCGUUCAGUAAACGUAUUCCAAAGAAAUAUGAGUAGUUGUAGACUCGUGUUAAUAUGUAUAAAAGUAGAUUAAUACAUGUUUUAGGAUACGAUAUUAAGUUUAGUCAUGAAAGUGUUUGAUAUAGUUGGUAAAACUUUAAUUCACACUAACAUUCUAUUAUGUCUAUAACGUAGAUACAAUAUUAUACUAACUGUUUCGUUGUUUUAAAUAAAUAUACCUUAAAAUAUGUUUUUUUUAUAUUCUGUUUCGAAAUGAUAACCAUUAUAUACAAAAUAUUACGAGGCGCAUUUACUUAAUUAUAGACUUUCGUGUGACAUUUAUUUUAUUGUACUAUUUUAUGUGAGAAUAAUUUUGAGGAGGCUUUUUAAUUAUAAAUAACAUUUUCUGUAACAUGAGAAAUCAUGGACAUAAUCGACACCGUCACAAAUUGUUAGUUUGUAAAUAAAUAAUAUCAUUGUAUCUA